AUGAUAAUGAGCAACCAAACUGUCAUCUCCAAGUUCCUCCUCCUGGGCCUACCCACCCCAGAGCACCAGAACCUACUCUAUGCCCUGUACCUCACCACUGUCCUGGGGAACCUCAUCAUCAUCAUCCUCAUUAUACUGGACUCUCAUCUCCACACACCCAUGUACUUGUUUCUCAGCAACUUGUCCUUCUCUGACUUCUGCUUCUCCUCUGUCACAAUGCCCAAAUUGCUGCAGAACAUGCAGAGCCAGGAUCCAUCCAUCCCUAUGCAGCAUUGUUUGACACAAAUGUACUUUUUAAUGGUUUUUGCAGACAUGGAGAACCUCCUUAUUCUGAUUACGGCCUAUGACCACUAUGUAGCCAUCUGUUUCCCCCUUCAUUACAUCAGCAUCAUGAGCCCCAAGCUCUGUGUGCAUCUUGUAGUGCUGACCUGGAUAUUUACCAUGCUUUGUUCCCUGUUGCACACUCUACUCUUGGCUAGAUUGUCAUUCUGUGGGGACAAUGUGAUACCCCACUUUUUCUGUGACAUAUCUGACUUGUUCAAGUUGGCCUGCUCUGACACAUAUAUUAAUGAACUAUUGAUGUUUAUCUUGGGAGGGCUCAUACUUGGCAUCCCAUUCUUACUCAUUAUUGUUUCCUAUGUACGAAUUGUCUGCUCCAUCCUAAAGGUUUCAUCUUCUCGGGUUAUCCACAAGAUCUUCUCCACCUGUGGCUCCCACCUGUCUGUGGUGUCACUGUUCUAUGGAACAAUUAUUGGGCUAUACUUAUGUCCAAGUAAUAACUCUACUGUAAAGGAUACUGUCAUGGCCAUGAUGUACACAGUGGUGACUCCCAUGCUGAACCCCUUUAUCUACAGCCUAAGGAACAGAGAUAUGAAAGAUGCCCUGAGAAGGGUCCUUUGCAAGAAGAAAAUCUCUUUAUAA